CAUAUAAAAGAGUUCCGUAACUAAUUACGGCACGAAGUAAAUAAAACAAAAUAAAAUACGUUACAACAAGUUUCCUCUAACAAAUGAAAUAUUAAUAUAUAUAGACUAUAGACAGAUCUAUCUAAAACUAAAGUCUAUUGUUAGAAAUAAUCUAUAUUAGGACCUAAGACGAUUAAGUGUAAGAGGGUAACUAUUCAGUAUUCAUACUAUUCUUGUUUAUCAGAAUCUGUAUUUUCUAAAAAAAGAAAAGCAUAAUGGCUAAUCCUUUAGAGAAUCAAUUGCUUCAAGCAACAAAGAUAAUUGAAAACCAAGUGGAUGCUGAAAUAGAGCGGCUUGAAAAAAUGGAUGACGAUGACUUUGAGAUUUUGCGCCAACGCCGAAUGGAGGCAAUGAAAAAAUCGCAGCAGCAAAAACAAGAAUGGCUUGCAGCAGGCCACGGGGAGUACAGUGAAAUAGCUGACGAAAAAGAAUUUUUUGAAACCUGUAAAAAGAGUAAGAAAGUAGUCUGCCAUUUCUACAGAGAUGCAACUAUCAGAUGUAAGAUUGUCGAUAAACAUUUGACAGAAAUAGCCAGGAAACACAUUGAAACCAAGUUUGUCAAAAUCAAUGCUGAACGCUCCAAAUUCUUGGUCGAAAGGCUAAGGAUAACCACACUGCCUACAAUAUGCUUAGCUAGAGAUGGCAAGACUGUGGAUUAUAUUGUUGGUUUUGACGAUCUGGGGGGAACAGAUGAGUUCCCAACAGAGAUGCUGGAGUGGAGACUAGCUAGAAGUGAUAUGAUCAACUAUCAAGGGGAUCUACUGGAGCCACCCACUCUUGGAAACAAAAACCCAAAAUCUGUGAAAAUAUUUGGCAAAACUGCAAAGAAUUUAAGAGACGAUGGGAAUACAGACAGUGAUGAUGAUGACUGGUGAUGAUUCCUAAAACUGCAGUGUCAU